CACACGUCACACACACAUGUGUGUGCUUCACGGAAAAAGAACAAUUUUUUGCGUAAAAAAAAUGUCACUAAAUCACGCAAAAGCUCGCCAACCGGAAGUGAUUAGAGCUGCCCAGAAGGAUGCUUUAUUCCUGGAUGACAUCACUGGACGUGUUGAAGAACUCAUUGAAUGCCUGGCACCGUCUCGUCGACUGAGACUCCCGGAAAAUUUAGCAAAGUACAUCGCAGGAAGCUUGUACUAUGGCCUGAGUACCAUCUUUCGCCUCCAGACACUUGGUGAGGAGUACACAGGGAUGAUCCAGGUUGACAGCCGCUACCGGGAGCUCCCCCAGAGGCAUGUUCAGCUCCUCACCUACCUCCUAGAUGUGUGUGGAGAGGAAUUUGCUCGUCUGCUGCUGCAAAAAAUUGAAACUGGAAUCUCUCGCCAGGAAGAUUUGGUUCCCGAAGCAAAGGAGAAGAUUCUGGUGUUCCUAAGGCACCUCAAGGAUUCUCUGCCCUUGUGGAAGACUGCCCACAGAGCUUGGUUCUACAUCUUUGCGGGGAAAUAUCAUAUAUCAAAGAGAAUGACUGGAGUCAAUUAUCUCCUCGUGAGAUACUGGAUUAACUCCACAAUGUCAAUGAAUGCCUAUAGAAUCCUUGGAAUUAUUACCCUCCUGCAAUUGGGAAUUGCCUUCUUGAGAUCCACAAAAUCCCUCAGUGAUGAAUUAUCGCGGAUUAAACCAAAUGAAGGAGCUCAGAAGCAAAGAUCAGUGGACCAGGGAGUUGUACAGUCAUCCAAGAUGUGUGUUCUCUGCCUGGAACCUAGGAAGAAUACAUCCUCAACACCCUGUGGCCAUCUCUUCUGCUGGCACUGCAUUAUGGACUCCCUGGAACAGAAAAGCCUCUGUCCGGUGUGUCGAGAACCUCUUGAAAGGCGCUCCGUUGUCCCUCUUGCCAAUUAUUCCUGA